AUGACAACGCCACUAAGACGGAUCACGGGUUACGAGAAAAUAGCCCUUACCAUGUCAAAACAUGACGACCUCAGCAUCUUUCGUCGAUUCGAUAUCCUGAACGCCCAGAAUCUUCUCUACUUGCAAGCCGAACUACAUAUUUUGGAAUGGGAAUUCCAAGAACAACUCGCCAAAGACUUGACAAGCACCGAGGGAGAACGCAAAUAUUACGCAUUCGAUUGGAAAACGUUGGAUAGAGUCUAUCAAGAGAAUCAAGCGAUCCUACUCUACGCCGAGACCAAACAACUCCAAAAGCCCCAAAGAAGUAGAUGGAGCGUCUUGGAGAAUAUUCUGUACCGAUACAUAGAACCAUCAGAUCGGCUCCUUGGUCUGGAGCAGAACAUUUGGCAAGAAGACCGUCUCCGAGACGACUUCGUCAGCCUACAUCCACACCCCCCCCAAGAUCUGAUCACGAGAUGGCUCCUCCGAUACCUCCAUAAGCCGUACCACCGCUUGAUCGGCAAAAGGAACAAAACUCCGGACGAUCCUGACAGGCGCGCCUCAUCCCCAUACGAGUACGAUUCAAAUCAUCUCCAGUAUCCAGUCUUCGUUCUCACCAUGGUGCUCUCGUCGCUUCUGCCCGUCGUCGCCAUUGUCAUCCUUAUCAAUGUCCAGAGUAUGGGCGGAAGGCUCGGCACACUUGCCUGCUUCACAGCUGGAUUUUCUUUAUUGUUGUCACUGAUCAUCCCGGAUCGUCUUACCAAACGGGUUGAGAUUUUUGCUGCAACCGCUGCGUAA